CGAGUGAGUGAGGUUAUUUUGGUCAGAACAAAUAACUAUUUAUGUAACAUAUAUGUGUGUGUAAAAGGAGAAAGGUAGUUAUAAAUCCUAUUGUAUAGGUUGGUGUUUGAAGAGAGAAAGAAGAUGGCAUGCAUUGGCAUUGGCAUUGGUAUUGCAGUUACAUGCCCUUUGGUGAGAAAGAAAGUGUCAAGAAAGAGUAAUGAAGGGGUGAGAUUGGUGGAAAGAAGAGUAAUAAAGAGCAUGAGUAAUCCAAUAAAAGUAGCUCCUAAAAGAGAGAAAGAUCCAAAAAAGAGAAUAGUAAUAACAGGAAUGGGUGUUGUGUCGGUAUUUGGAAAUGAAAUAGAUACAUUUUACAACAAACUUCUAGAAGGAGAAAGUGGAAUAAACUUUAUAGAUAGGUUUGAUGUGUCAACAUUCCCAGUACGUUUUGCUGGACAGAUAAGGAAUUUCAGUUCAGAAGGUUACAUUGAUGAGAAGAAUGGGAAGAUGAACCUAGAUGAUUGUUGGAGGUAUUAUUUAGUAGCAGGUAAGAAGGCACUUGAAGAUGCAAAACUUGGAAGUGAAGUCCUUGAAAAGAUGGACAAAACAAGAAUAGGAGUUCUAGUGGGAUCAGGAAUGGGAGGUACAUCCUCAAUGAGCAAAGCUGUAGAAGCACUAAUAGAAAAGGGUCAUAAAAAAAUAACAGAAUAUUUCAUACCAUUUUUCCUACCAAACAUGGGUUCAGCAUUGUUGGCUAUGGAGAGAGGGUUAAUGGGACCAAAUUAUUCAAUAUCAAGUGCAUGUGCAUCAGCAAAUUAUUGCUUUCAUGCAGCUUCAAAUCACAUUAGAAGAGGUGAAACAGAUAUUAUGGUUGUUGGUGGUACUGAAUCAAUAAUACCUGCUACUGUUGGUGGAUUUAUUGCUUGCAGGGCUUUGUCUCAAAGGAAUCAAAAUCCCAAAAUGGCUUCAAGACCAUGGGACAUACAUCGUGAUGGUUUUGUCAUGGGUGAAGGCUCUGGUGUUCUGAUAAUGGAGAGCUUGGAGAGUGCAACAAAGAGGGGAGCCAAAAUAAUUGCUGAAUAUUUGGGUGGUGCCAUAACAUGUGAUGCUCAUCACAUGACUGAUCCAAGAUCUGAUGGAUUUGGAGUUGCAUCUUGCAUAAGGAAUAGUUUAGCUGAUGCUGGAGUUUCCCCUGAAGAGGUGAACUAUUUGAAUGCUCACGCCACAUCAACACUAGCCGGUGACUUAGCUGAGAUUUGUGCAAUCAAAAAGGUUUUUAAGGAUACAUCAGAAUUGAAAAUGAAUGCCACUAAGUCAAUGACUGGUCAUGGUCUUGGAGCUGCUGGUGCUUUAGAAGCAAUAGUGACCAUAAAAGCAAUAACAACUGGCUGGUUGCAUCCAACCAUUAACCAAGAUAAUUUGGAGGAGGAAGUUACAAUUGAUACCGUCCCGGGUGUUAAGAAGAAGCAUGAAGUUAACGUUGCUAUCUCUAACUCAUUUGGAUUUGGUGGACACAAUUCAGUAGUUGUCUUCGCCCCAUUCAUGCCCUAAGUGGAAUUCAAGAUCAAGCUGGUUCUUUUUUCACAUUACUAGAUCCAAUUAAUGAUUUUGUGACACUUGCUCAUAUGGAAUAUGUAAGGAAUUAGAAACAUGCUAUUUUUUCGGUAAUACUUCCUCCCUGCUUAACAUAAAUAAAAUAAAAAACAAACGAAGAACACAAAUACCAAGUACCUUAUUAACAUUACAAAGUUGAAACAUUAUUUAAAAUAUAUCCCUAAUAUUAAAUGUUUUA